UUCUUCACUUCUCUCAAACAAUAAACAAAAAAAACAGUAUCAGUUUUUCACAGAAACUUUCGCAGAAACUACUAACUCUAAAACGCGUGUGUUCACGCGCACGACUUCAAUCAAAUAACGACCCAAAUUCUCAAUUUCUGAAAUCUUCAUCAUUCUCCAAAACCCUAAUCCAUGGCUGAUUCAAUUCUCACCUUUCAACCACCGCCGGAACAACCACCUGAACAACCACCGUCGUCUGAUCUCGAUUUCAACGACUACGGUGGCGAAUUCAACAACACUGCUCUUCCUUCAUUUGACUCUUUCUUCAACGAUUCAGAUCCCGAUCUCGAUUUCCUUGGCGAUUUCGAAAUCACGUUUGAUGAUCUAGAUAAUCUCCCAAUCCCGUCGGAGACUGAUGAUUAUCUUUUUCAUGAUGCAUGCAACGCUGAUGGCGUUCCAAUUUCGCAUGUGAUUGAUAAUUCGCCGGAAUCAGGUGCUUCUGUGGUUUCCGGUGAUCAGAGUCCUGGUGUUUCUAGGUUUUUGAAUUUGGAUUCAGUUGCGGAUGAUGAUGAAAAAGAAAAUUCAGCUGAUGUGAAAGUUUUGAGCUUUUCGUUGCCGGAGACUGAAAAUGAAAAUACUGAAAAUUCUUACCGGGAACGGGAAGAGUCUUCGAAUGGACCGGCUUCGUCUCAGGGAUCGGGGAACGGUGGAUCGGGUGUUUAUGAAGCGAUGAAUUCACCCGAGAGGGAUGUUUCAUCUUUUCAUGAAAAUGAAAAUGUGAAGGAGGAUGUGAAAUUGGAGGGUAGUGUUGUUAAAGGCUGUGAUCUGAAGAGGAAGAAAGAGAAUAGCCAUGAAAGUGCUGAGAAUCGAACCUCGAAAUGUAGUAGAAGGUCGUUGUCGAUGGAGAGGACGGAACAACAGCAAUUUCAACAACAAGCUCAAUCUGGUUUUGAUGGAAUUGAAGAUGAGGAUGAGAAGAGGAAAGCAAGGUUGAUGAGGAAUAGAGAAAGUGCACAGCUUUCAAGGCAGAGGAAGAAGCAUUAUGUGGAGGAGCUUGAGGAGAAAGUGAGAUCAAUGCAUUCAACAAUUACUGAUUUGAGUAGUAAGAUUACUUAUGUUAUGGCUGAGAAUGCUACACUUAGGCAACAAUUGAGUGGUGGUGUGAUGUGUCCACCACCACCACCUGGUGCCGCUAUGUACCCACCGCAUCCAGGAAUGGCACCUAUGCCUUAUGCAUGGAUGCCCUGUGCUCCUUAUGUUGUUAAACCUCAAGGUUCUCAGGUUCCUUUGGUUCCGAUUCCGAGGUUGAAGCCUCAGCCAACUGCUGCGGCUUCGAAGAGUAAAAAGAGUGAGAGUAAGAAGAGUGAGGUGAAAACUAAGAAAGUUGCUAGUAUUAGUUUGUUGGGUUUGUUUUUCUGUAUUAUGCUUUUUGGUGGGCUUGUUCCUUUGGUAGAUUUUAAGUUUGGUGGUUUAGUGGAUAAUGUUUCUGGUAGGUCUAGUUAUGUUAGUGAUAGAUGGUUUUAUGGUCAUGGUGGAGGGAAGAUUUGGCCUGUAAAUGGUCAUAUGAAUGAAUCUGGAAGGAAUGGGGAAGCAGGGUUUCCCAAUGGGAGAUUUGGUAUUUCUGAUAGGAAUAAUUAUGAAAGAGGGAGGAAACUAGGUGAAGAAAUGAAUGAUCGGAAAGACUCGAGUUGUUUCGGUCAUCGGGACAAUGCUAGCGAGCCACUGCUUGCUUCUUUGUAUGUUCCUAGGAAUGAUAAGCUGGUGAAGAUCGAUGGAAACUUGAUAAUCCAUUCUAUUAUGGCCAGUGAGAAAGCCAUGGCAUCUCAAGAUGCUCAGGGGAAGAAGGAGAAGAGUGAAACUGGUCUGGCCAUUCGGGAUUCUGCAUUGGCAAUUCCUGAAGUUGGAAGAAAUAGAGGUCAACAUCCAAAUGUGUAUAGGGUUUCUGCUGAACAGAGGAGGGCUAUUGGCUCUGGUUCAACUAAAACCUUGAAGGACCAUAUGAAGUCUUCUGCAACUGAUGGUAAAAUGCAACAGUGGUUCCGUGAAGGAAUUGCAGGUCCAAUGCUAAGUUCUGGCAUGUGUACUGAAGUUUUCCAGUUUGAUGUUUCUCCAGCUCCUGGAGCAAUAGUUCCAGCAGCAGCAGUGGCAAAUAUUUCUUCCGAAAACCGUCAAAAUUCCACCAAUGUCAACAAGAGCAGGAACAGAAGAAUCCUCCACACCCUCCCAGAUCCACUUCCUGGAACCCGUCUGAACAUAACUGAAGAGCGUGCAAGAAAUUUGCCAAAAGACCACCUCCCCGGCAAUAAAUCAUCUAUGGUCGUUUCUGUGCUUGUUGAUCCCAAAGAGGUAGGAGAUGGCGAUGUUGAUGGCAUGAUGGCUCCGAAGUCGCUCUCUCGGAUUUUCGUGGUUGUGUUAAUCGACAGUGUCAAGUAUGUGACUUACUCAUGUGGUCUUCCCCGUGUUUCUCCUUUGGUAACAGCUUAUGUUUGACAACCUUUCCCAUUUUGAUACAAGCUUAUCUAACCCUAGAGUUAUAGAUGUGGUGGAAUGGGAGGGAAAGAAACAGAGGCUCCAGUUUUGUAAAUAACAACAUAUUUAAAAUAGCAGGCCUUGUGUACCAAAAACUGAGUUGUACUUUAGAAGCUGGCGUUGAUCAACUGUCUAUGUACUGAGUUGAGACAUUUCUUAGAAACUUAAUAAAUAAUAAUAUAUGGUCGCUUAUAAUUUACAAGUUGAUCCCUUUCAUGUGUUGUUGAA